AUGGCAUUUUCCUUUAAAUGGCCUCUCUCUCUCACAUUUCCUUUAAAUGGCCUCUCUCUCUCUCUCUCGCAAAUUUCCUUUAAAUGGCCUCUCUCUACAUUUCCUUUAAAUGGCCUCUCUCUCUUUUCAUUUCCUUUAAAUGGCCUCUCUCUCUCUCUCUCUCUCACAUUUUCCUUUAAAUGGCCUCUCUCUCUCUCGCACAUUUCCUUUAAAUGGCCUCUCUCUCUCUCCUUUACAUUUCCUUUAAAUGGCCUUCUCUCUCUCUCAUUUCCUUUAAAUGGCCUCUCUCUCUCUCUCUUUAAAUUAGCAUUUCCUUUAAAUGGCUUCUCUCUCUCUCUAUUUCCUUUAAAUGGCCUCUCUCUCUCUCGCUUUUUUAAAUGGCUUCUCUUUCUCUCUCAUUUUUUAAAUGGCCUCUCUCUCUCUCACAUUUCCUUUAAAUGGCCUCUCUCUCUCUCCCACAUUUCCUUUAAAUGGCCUCUCUCUCUCUCUUUACAUUUCCUUUAA